UCGGACAUAAUUCUACUUCCGUUGAAAAAAAACAUGGCCGAUUAUUCCUGACAACAAAGACGUCAGGGGACAGAUCGCUUUGUAUUUUUGCAAAUUUGCGACGGAUUACCAUGUCAGUCUACAUUCGGAAAGACACAUUUAUCUUAUCUGAUCAAAAAAGUACAGACACCAUGUCAGGAAUUGACAGACAAAAUGUGAUGAGACUACGUAUCAACAGAAUAGCUUUGGUCCAGGAACUGAAGAUCGAUCACAUUAUUGGAACUCUUAUAGAACAUAACUUAAUAAACAAUAAUGACCAGAAGAAAAUUGGACAUGGUACUACACAUGCAGACAGAGCUCGUAUUCUCAUAGAUUUACUGCCCUCAAAAACAAGCAUCCCUGAAUGGUAUAGUCUAUUCCGUGAUGCUAUGUUGAACCCAGAUGCUGGCCCAGAGGUCAGAAAGAGGUAUCGGUCUCUUGUGGAAUUCCUUGACAACACUGUGAUACACCGCCCAACAUCACAAGCUACAAAGUUUAGUGAGACAAUGGACAAAAGGAGGCUCCCUCACUAUGAACCUGUCCCACCCAUCAUUAAAGAAAAUAAGAACCAGUCCAACCCCCAAAAUGUCCUCAACCUUGAUGAUGAGAGACGGGAGGCACCUCCAGACCAAGAGAUGGAAAAACAGACAAAGGACAUGAUACCAGAGAGAGGGGACAAAUCAACUCCCUGGAAUCAAGACAACCAGGACUCUAUGACCCUUAUCAAAGGUUUUUUCCAACAGUGGGUGCCUACUCCAGACAACUUCAGGUCACUACUCCAGGUUCCUGAGGAUCAUUUCCAAGCUCUUCAAGAGUCGACCCACCCUGAUGACAAAGCACAGCUAGCCUUAGAGACAAAAGCUUUAGAGAAAAUAAGGAAACUGGAACUAGUUGCAGUACUGGCAAGGAGAAAACAGCUUCCACAGGGAUUUGAACUCUGCAUGUGUGAUGUGGUACAUGAAAUUUUGUUUGACUCAGAAAAUUAUCACCUGUUUUUUAAAUACAUUAAAAACCUUCAAGAUUCAGAGGUACAUUUGCUCAGUGACAUUGUGGAUUCUUAUUCUUCGGUAAUGCAAGCACUAGAUCCAUCAAAAUCAGGCGAUGACACAAAACAGGCAAUCAAACUGGGUUAUCACCUGAUAGACUUCCUUGCAGAGUUUGGAUAUUUCAAGGAAGCAGAGCUCAUCAUGGCUGUUCUCCUAGUGGUUCUCAACCAGACAGACAACAUGGAAACAUGGAUGACCAAAUACAAAGGGUUCGUGAAGCUCAUGAGGCUACGAAAUAUGAAUUACAAUUUCAGUGGAUCAUACAGUGCCUACUCCCUGGCCACUGAGAUGAUGUGGAAGAUCAAAAUGAUGUCAUUUGGACAGGAUCUGAUACCAAAGGCUGAGUUGUAUAAUGAGAUCUGUCAGAUGAUGUUGGAGAGAGGAUCAGUGAAUGCUGCCUUUGGUUGGGCACAGAAAGCUCUGAAGGAGGUGCAGGAGACUGACACAGUGAAUGUUAUCAACAUCCUAUGUACAGCUGUGGUAGCCUACAGUGCUAAGUGGCAGGUAAAGCGCGCCGAGCAGCUGGCCAUACAUGCCGUUCAGCAGGCCAGAUCCAUGUUUGGACCAAGACAUCCCUUGUACCUGAAGGCACUCCUUGCUUUCUGCCAUUUCUCAAAUGAGUUUAAACAAGACCAGGCUGGCCUUGAUGUUGCUCAGCAUGCACUAGAGGUAGCCCAGAAGAUCUAUGGCUGUGACAUGAUAAUGACUGCCCUGGCCCACCGUGCUGUGUGUAAGGCCUUGCUGGUCCUUCAGAAGUUUGAUGACUUCAAUUAUGACAACCAUGCUAAUGAGGGAUUGAGAAAAGCACGGAUUCUCCUCAGGGACAACCAUCCCAUGUUAUACCUCUUCCUCCAUACAGCAGCCACAGCUCUCCAGUGGAAAGCUCUUCACUCCUCAAAGGAUAUGAUGAAUGCAACACUGACAUUAGCCGAGACAGAGGCUAAGAUCGCCAUCAGUAUAGUUGAGGAAUACUAUGGUGAAAUCAGUGUGAGGGCUGCCCAGAUGAAUUCCUUACUUGGGCAGAUCUACUCCAAGAUGGACAGGCUACAGGAUGCCGAGAAGAUGCUCUACAAGAGUGCUAUGUGUUUCAAGCUGUGUUUGAGCCCCAACAGUAACUUCCGCUUACUGUCUAUGGCUACCCUUGGUACUUUCUACAAGAUCUUUGACAAGCCAAAGGAAGCUAUCCUCAUGUUCAAUGAUGUCAUCACCAAUAUAGAACCAUGUGGAGUUUACCUGAAAUGGGUUCAUGUUUGCUUUGAGCACCUAGUGAGUACACUACAGUCUAUCAACUUGAACAAGGAGGCUGAUGAGGUACAGAUUAAGCUGUCCCAGUGGUUACGGGACCACCCAGUGUAUGAUCAUGUUGUCACUGUUGAAGACCUGCAGCAGAAACCACAAGCCUUUGCUCGCUUCCAGGAAGACUUCAACAUCUGGGAGAAACGUACCAAGAAGAUUUUAGACAUGGUACUGAACAAAGACAAAUAAACCAAAAUCUCAGGAAACAGUUGAUUAAAAACUGCCUGUGAUGAAAAUAUAACACUUUAAAUACCUUUAACUUUGACUGAAAAGACUUUUGAUAAAAAAUAAGCCAAAUAAAAUCAUAUUUCUUAUUACAGAUAUGACUAUCUGAAAUUAACUCUAUUUGCAAUGACAUAUAAAUCUUUAAAUUAUUAUAUAAAGCAGAAUAUGAGUUUAAGCCAUAGUAAUGGAAGUUGGCAAAAUCAUAUUCUUUCAAGUAUUUAUAGUCUUCAAUUCAUUACCUGAUCAGAAAUAUUUUUCUAUGUGUAGCAUAAAGUACUAUAAUCUAGUAACUGGUAAAACCAUUUCUUUCAAGUUUAUAUGGUCUUCCAGUGAAAACUUGAUGAAGUAUAAUUUUCCACUGCCCUGUUUUGGUAUAUAUUAAUCGUAACAAGUGAAGCUCCUUAAAUCUGAGUCUUGCCUUGUUCCAGAGGUAGUUGGUUUGAGCAAUUUGUAUGAAAACAAUUUUUCGGUGUGGAACAUUAUUCUGUAUGAAACACAAGAUAAAACUUGACCUACUUGAAUAAUAAUCCAAAAUAAUAGUUAAUGAGGGAACUUUGGAUGAAGUGACAGACAAUGCUGAAGAAACAUUCCUAAGUACUCGUGUGUUGGGGAUGGCAACUGUAACCGUAGUUCACAGUUUACUCAAUUCCCUUCUAGAAUAGACAUCCUCUGAAGAUCUGUUCAAAGGUUUUAUUUUUCUUGUGAACAGACACUAUUUUCCACGUGAACUUUAAUUACAGCUUAGUAAAGAUCAUUACAAACCCUUAAGGUGGGCAAGGCAUUACAUUAUAUAUACUGGUACAUUAAUAAUAAUAAUAAUAAUUUGAGGUUCUUAUAUACUGCUUUAUCAC